ACUCAAACUCUCAUCUCUCUAUCUUUUGAUUGACGCUGACUCAUCAUCUACACGACACGCUUUUCUAUUUAAAUCCCAAAUCCUGGAGCAUCAAGAUAGGCACGCACACACUAAAAAAGGCGCGAGCUUGUUUGAUCAUAUCACAAAAUGGGUACGAAAGAAAGGAUUUUGGUGACUGGGGGCGCUGGCUUUAUCGGCUCACACACGGUGGUGCAGCUGCUCAGAGAGGGCUUCAAGGUCUCUGUUUUAGACAACCUCGACAAUGCCGUCGAAGAAGCACUUGACAGAGUCAGGCAGUUGGUCGGCCCCCAACUCUCCAAGAAUCUCGAUUUCCAUUUGGGGGAUAUUAGGAAUGUGGACGAUUUGGAGAAAUUGUUUUCUGAGAGCAAAUUAGAUGCAGUGAUCCAUUUUGCUGGGCUUAAAGCUGUUGGUGAGAGUGUUGCUAAUCCUAUGAGAUAUUUCGACAACAAUUUGGUUGGAUCUAUCAAUUUAUACAAAGUCAUGGCAAAGUAUAACUGUAAGAAGUUGGUGUUCUCCUCGUCUGCAACAGUUUAUGGUCAGCCUGAAAAAAUUCCUUGUGUUGAAGACUUCGAGUUGAAGGCUAUGAAUCCUUAUGGUCGCACAAAGCUCUUUCUUGAAGAAAUUGCUCGAGAUCUACAGAAGGCAGACCAGAAAUGGAGAAUAAUUUUACUCAGAUACUUCAACCCGGUUGGGGCCCACGAGAGUGGCAUGCUUGGAGAGGACCCUAAGGGAAUCCCCAAUAAUCUUAUGCCUUAUAUAACACAAGUGGCUGUUGGUAGAUUGCCUGAGCUAAAUGUUUAUGGGCACGAUUAUCCCACACCUGAUGGUAGCGCGAUCCGAGACUACAUCCAUGUUAUGGAUUUGGCAGACGGCCAUGUGGUUGCACUCGAGAAGCUUCUGCAGAGCAAUGGCAUAGGUUGCGUUGCCUACAACUUGGGGACUGGCCGUGGCACAUCCGUUCUUGAAAUGGUGGCAGCUUUCGAGAGGGCAUCGGGCAAGAAACUUCCUAUUAAACUCUGUCCAAGACGACCGGGAGAUGCAACAGCUGUUUAUGCAUCAACAGAUAAAGCUGAGAAAGAGCUUGGUUGGAAGGCGAAAUAUGGCAUCGAUGAAAUGUGUAGGGACCAAUGGAAAUGGGCAAGCCAGAAUCCAUGGGGAUACAAAUCCAAGCCUUGAUCUGAAGCCAACAAGGAGGUUCUGCUAAGUAAGCUCUCGGCCUGCAGUCACGCGUCGUGUCUUUUGAAAAGAUUCUCUACAUUUUACUACGUCCAAGCUUAUCGUAUUUUGUAUGUUGUAUUUUAUAAUUUUGCAUAAGAUGAAAAGAAAAAAUCCAAACUAAUAAAUAGUCAUUCAUUCGCACAAUAAAUUGUAACACCUUUUUCUUGAUUUCUCAGGUUGAUAGGUUGAUUAUUGUAUUAAUAAUUAGUAAUGCAACUGGGGGAAUAUUCUCUCUUUUUUAGUAGAUUA